AUGUCCGCCUUCUGCCUGGGCUUGGCCGGCCGCGCUUCAGCACCCGCCGAGCCGGACAGCGCCUGCUGCAUGGAGCUGCCCGCCGCGGCCGCGGACGCAGUCGGGAGUCCAGCCGCCGCCGCCCUCAUCUCCUUUCCCGGGGGCCCCGGGGAGCUGGAACUGGCGUUAGAGGAGGAGCUGGCGCUGCUGGCGGCCGGGGAACGGCCGUCAGACCCGGGGGAGCAUUCUCAGGCCGAGGUCGGGCCUCCGGCCGAGGGGUCCGAACUGCAGCCGCCGCCCGCCCAGGAUCCCGAGCUGCUGUCGGUGAUCCGGCAGAAGGAGAAGGAUCUCGUGUUGGCGGCCCGGCUGGGCAAGGCACUGCUCGAGCGGAACCAGGACAUGAGCCGGCAGUACGAGCAGAUGCACAAGGAGCUGACAGACAAGCUGGAGCACUUAGAACAAGAGAAACAUGAACUAAGAAGACGAUUUGAGAACCGAGAAGGGGAAUGGGAAGGACGUGUGUCAGAACUGGAGAGUGAUGUGAAACAACUUCAGGAUGAGUUGGAGAGGCAGCAAGUUCACCUACGGGAAGCAGAUAGAGAAAAAACACGAGCUGUCCAGGAAUUAUCAGAACAGAACCAGAGGUUAUUGGAUCAACUCAGCAGGGCAUCAGAAGUUGAGAGACAACUCUCCAUGCAAGUCCAUGCCCUCAGAGAAGACUUUCGAGAGAAAAACUCAUCAACCAACCAGCACAUCAUCAGGCUUGAAAGCCUUCAGGCUGAGAUCAAGAUGCUGUCAGAUCGGAAACGGGAGCUUGAGCAUCGUCUCAGUGCCACCUUACAGGAGAACGACCUGCUGCAGGGGACCGUGGAGGAGCUACAGGACCGGGUGCUUGUCCUGGAGAGACAAGGCCAUGACAAAGACCUCCAGCUACAUCAAAGCCAGCUGGAGCUUCAGGAGGUACGACUAUCCUACCGGCAGCUGCAGGUAAAAGUGGAAGAGCUGGCUGAGGAGAGGAGUCUGCAGAGCUCUGCUGCCACCAGCACGUCCCUCCUGUCUGAGAUAGAACAGAGCAUGGAGGCUGAGGAGCUGGAGCAAGAGAGGGAGCAGCUAAGACUGCAGCUCUGGGAGGCCUACUGCCAGGUUCGCUAUCUCUGCUCCCACCUCCGAGGGAAUGACAGUGCCGACUCGGCCGUCUCCACGGACUCCUCGAUGGAUGAGUCUUCCGAAACCUCGUCUGCCAAGGAUGUGCCAGCCGGCAGCUUGCGCACUGCCCUGAGCGAGCUCAAGAGGCUGAUACAGAGCAUCGUGGAUGGCAUGGAGCCCACGAGCUCCCGGAGAAUUGAUGAUGACUCCUUAGAAGAACAGAUAAGGCAGACCAGUGAGGACUCGAGAGCCCUCAGGGAACUCAUGGAGGGAGAGAGGGGUAAACUGAGGCAAAGCCUAGAGGAGCUGCAGCAACUGCACAGUCAGGUAACACUGCUGAGUGUGGAGAUGACUGCACUGAAGGAGGAGAGAGACCGACUCAGAGUGACAUCUGAGGACCAGGAGCCAAAGGAGCAGCUUCAGAAGGCCAUCCGAGACCGCGAUGAGGCCAUUGCAAAGAAGAAUGCUGUGGAGCUGGAACUCGCCAAGUGCAAGAUGGAUAUGAUGUCUCUGAACAGCCAGUUGCUGGAUGCCAUUCAGCAGAAACUGAACCUCUCGCAGCAGCUUGAGGCUUGGCAGGAUGACAUGCACAGGGUCAUUGACCGGCAGCUGAUGGACACCCACCUGAAGGAACAGAGCCGGCCUGCUGCCCUCUCCGGGGCCCAGGGCAUGGGACGCGGGGACGAGCCCAGCACCACCGAAGGCAAGAGGCUCUUCUCAUUCUUCAGGAAAAUUUAGGUCGGGAGGAGUCAGGCCAGCAAGGAUGGGUGGACUAGAGGUGACUGAAGCAGGGUGCGUGCAAGGGCUCGUCGUGCCAUGCUGGCACACGAGGGCUCCCCUGGGCCGGCUCAGCGGCCGCACUGCCCACCCACACCAGAGCCGAGUCGUCCGGAAGGGCCCACUCAGCCUCUGAAGGUUGCCCUUGACAGAGGGAUGGGCAGGAGCCCUGUCCCCACUGCCAGGCCAUGCCCAGCCCGGGCUCCCCGACGGAUCGCUAUUGAGUGGGGCUCAGGCUGCCUCCAGCGCGGCCCCUCGGUUGGGCUCUGCAGCUCAGACGCGGAGCAUCGCAGCCCACCCCACCCACCCUUCAGCGGCUCCCGCGUCCAGCCCCAGGCACUGCUGCCCUCCUGUUUUGGAAUACGGGGAACAGAAGGAAUGGAGGCCGUUCUCUGCAUGCCUCAGGAGGCUGUCGCGGCCCCCAGCUAGCCUGAGCUGCGGGGGCCUGGUCCUCUGGGGCACCAGCCGGAGGCUGAGCCUCUAACUCUCCCCCAGGCUCUGGCCCAGGGAGUAAGGCGAGGCAGCUCCUCACCCUUGUGCAUGCACCUCUGCCCGGAGCGCCUGUGCGGCAGGAGGCCCAGCCUGCAGGGGCCUGACGGCUGGGGCUGUUCUCUUGCAUUUAACCACGACGGGCUCUACCGGGGCUUGGCUGUCGCCGUCCCAAGCUCAGGAGGAAGAAGGGCCCUGCCCUGGCCGCCCCUGUUCUCCCUUUCUGGCCUUCAGGCCAGCCGGUGUUUUCUUGGGCCCUCUGCAGGCUUUAGCCAUCUAGUCCUUUCCCCUUCAUGGGGCCAGAGCUGGGAGGGGGGUCUCCUCCUCUUCCCACCGCCCCCUGCUCCCCUCCACAUACAAGUUCUUGGCUCAGCCAAGCAAGUCCAGGCUACAGAACAGCCCCAGAGGGGUCUGCAGUUGGCCACCUCCACCUCAAGGGCAGCAUUGGCACCAGAGGGCGGAUGCCACCAGAUACUGCCCACCAGGCCUGCAGAAGGAUGAAUCCUGCAACCUGCUGCUUCUGCUCCUUCCUCAGCAGCCAUUCCACCCUCUCUGCUGAGGCCCCAACUCAGAGGCACCCCCGGGCUGAGCCAGCCCGAAAGCUGCUUUACAAAGGAUCAUCUCCCUCCCUCCCAAGGGAAAAAGCACAGCAGGGAUGAGCGGAAAGAAUGUACCUAUAGAUAUGUACAUACCACAGUGCUGUAAUUUUGUAUGUAGCAAUCAUGUAAAUACGUGUAUGGAUUUUAUAAUAUACAUAUUAUAUAUAAAUCUAUAAAGGCAUAUUUUUAGAAAAACAGCACACCACUGCUUCUUUUGAAAAUAGUCUAAGA